AUGGGCGGACGGUAUGUUUUGUUAUCACAGAACAUCGUCCAUAACCAAGCAAACGCGUCAGCACUCAACCGACUUACUUCUUCCAAACCGUUUCAACGCCUUUCGGGUUUUGCUACUGGCGUUUUCAAGACAUGGGCGCCCCGUUUAUACAGAUAUUGUGAAGACCACUUCAACGACUUGCUCUCAAGCGACCACUCCCUAGUGCGUAUAUUCCACAACAGCGUCCUUCCUGCCGCAGCUUUCAACUUUGGACCUCGGACUAUCUGCCUCCCUCACAUUGAUUUCGGGAAUCUACCUUUUAACCUCUGCUGGAUAUGGGCUCUAGGUUGGUACAACUGGAAGAAAGGGGGCCAUAUAAUUCUAUGGGAUCUCAAACUUGUUGUUGAAUUCCCCCCUGGAUCCCUCGUCGCUAUUCCAUCUGGUGUCUGCCGCCACUCAAACACAUGCAUUGGUAAAAAGGAAGUUCAUUAUUCAUUUACCCAGUAUGCACCUGGUGGUAAUUUUCGUUGGGUUAACCGUGGAUUCCAGUCCGAAGAAAAUUAUCAUGCAGGGCUCACAGCAGCAGAAGCGAGGGAGGAGAAGCUGCGAAAGAAGGCUCGAUGGAAGAUGGGUCUUGAACUCUUUUCUACACUAGCUGAACUCGGAUUCGAGAAUGAGCCAUUGUAA